AUGGAGGGAGGCGAUGAAGAGGUAAGUGAGAUAGUGUGGGAGAGAUAUUUGAAAAGCAAGCAUGUGGAAAGGAAGGAAGAGACUGUCAGAGACAGUGUAGAGGAGAAGAAAGAGGAGGAAGAUGAGGCAAAGGGAGAUGAGGAUAGUGAUGAAGUGUUUGAGAGGUGGUUGAAAGAGGAGGCUGAGGAGGGUGAGAGUGAGGUGGUAGAGAGAUGUGAGGAAGAGGAGGGUGAGAGUGAGGUGGUAGAGAGGUGUGUGAAAAGUGAUGAAGAGGUGGACGAGGAGGGUGAGAGUGAGGUGGUAGAGAGCGAGGAGGUGGAGGAGGGUAAAGAUGAACCUGAGGAGGUGGUGGAGAAGUGUGUGAAAAGCGAGGAGGUGGAGGAGGGUAAAGAUGAACCUGAGGAGGUAGUGGAGAGGUGUGUGAAAAGCGAGGAAGUGGAGGAGGGUAAAGAUGAACCUGAGGAGGUGGUGGAGAGGUGUGUGAAAAGCGAGGAAGUGGAGGAGGGUAAAGAUGAACCUGAGGAGGUGGUGGAGAGGUGUGUGAAAAGCGAGGAGGUGGAGGAGGGUAAAGAUGAACCUGAGGAGGUGGUGGAGAGGUGUGUGAAAAGCGAGGAAGUGGAGGAGGGUAAAGAUGAACCUGAGGAGGUGGUGGAGAGGUGUGUGAAAAGCGAGGAAGUGGAGGAGGGUAAAGAUGAACCUGAGGAGGUGGUGGAGAAGUGUGUGAAAAGCGAGGAAGUGGAGGAGGGUAAAGAUGAACCUGAGGAGGUGGUGGAGAGGUGUGUGAAAAGCGAGGAAGUGGAGGAGGGUAAAGAUGAACCUGAGGAGGUGUUGGAGAAGUGUGUGAAAAGCGAGGAAGUGGAGGAGGGUAAAGAUGAACCUGAGGAGGUGGUGGAGAGGUGUGUGAAAAGCGAGGAAGUGGAGGAGGGUAAAGAUGAACCUGAGGAGGUGGUGGAGAAGUGUGUGAAAAGCGAGGAAGUGGAGGAAAGUGACAAAGUCUUCGAGAGAUGCUCGCUGAGUGAAAAACGAGCUAGUGAAGGAGAGGAGAGCAGUGAGGAGGAGGAGGUGGAGGGGUGCGUCAAAAGCAAACUAAAAGAAAAGGAAGGAGACAAACUUGAAGAAGACAGCGAUGAGGUGGUGGAAGAAGUGCAAGCCUCACCGAAACCCAAAACAUCCACAAGCUCAGGCGAAGUAAUCGAGAGAUUUGAACCACAAACGGUCCAAGUUAGGUCACUGGGGCAGAAGAAGAAGAUAGCGGACCUUAAACGAAGUGACAACAUGGAGGUGUAUGUGGGGAAGAAGAAGAAUUUGCCCAAACAAAGCCCUCUACCAGCAGAGCCCCUGAGGACUGGAUUGGAAUAUUCUGGUCCCCUUGUUGCCAGUUUUGCCUCUUCCUCCAGAGCUGAGCUCUGCAGUCCCAUCCUGUCAGCCAGCCCCAAAAGCAGCCCCAUCCUCUUCUCCAGCCCCAAAGCCCCCAAGGCAUCCCAACCCUCUCUGGCAGCCCCACCCCCUCUGACAGCCCCCAAGACAGCCCCACCCCCUCUGACAGCCCCCAAGGCAGCCCCACCCCCUCUGACAGCUCCCAAGACAGCCCCACCCCCUCUGACAGCCCCCAUGACAGCCCCACCCCCUCUGACGGCCCCCCAAGACAGCCCCACCCCCUCUGACAGCUCCCAAGACAGCCCCACCCCCUCUGACAGCCCCCAUGACAGCCCCACCCCCUCUGACGGCCCCCCCAAGACAGCCCCACCCCCUCUGACAGCCCCCAAGACAGCCCCACCCCCUCUGACAGCCCCCAAGGCAGCCCCACCCCCUCUGACAGCCCCCAAGGCAGCCCCACCCUCUCAGACGGCCCCCCAAGCCCCCAAGGCAGCCCCACCCUCUCAGACAGCCCCCAAGGCAGCCCCACCCUCUCAGACAGCCCCCAAGGCACCCCCACCCUCUCAGACAGCCCCCAAGGCAGCCCCACCCUCUCAGACAGCCCCCAAGGCAGCCCCACCCUCUCAGACAGCCCCCAAGGCACCCCCACCCUCUCAGACAGCCCCCAAGGCGGCCCCGUCCUCUCAUUCCAAACUUGCACAGUCCGAGGCCAGCGAGCACAUUGAGGUGGCAUCCUCCACCACCAAGGACCUCAGGUCUGGUUUUGGCUCCAAGUUGUCAGAGAACGUGCUGGACCUGAAGGAUCUCUCCCCUGCUCUACAGUCUCUCCUUCCUCACUUGGAUGUUCUCAGUCACAGUGGUUCUCUGGCUGUAGAGUCUGUAGGCACAGUUUGCGUCUUCAAGCUGCAGGCAGGGAGGAUCCAGCAAUGGAGGACAGGCACCCCAGCCAGUCCAGUGAAUCCCAACAGGACACAGGGUCCUCCCAUUCUGAGCCGGAGCCCCCGGCCGCGGGCCGAGGGGGUCAGCACCAGCGCCAGCCUAGGGGUGCCGGGGGUCCAGGGGGUCAAGCGGCCUGACACCUCCAGAGGCCGCCUGGUUAGGAGCCCCCACGCCAACUACAAGGAGGAAGCCCCCAGACAGGGGGAGGACAGCAGAAGGGCCCAGGAGGAGGAGAGGGACAAGGAGAGGAGGGAGACUGAGAGGGAGAUAGAGGAGGAAAAGGAGCGUGCACUGCGGGAGAGGCAGGAGAAGGUGCGCCUACUUCAGGAGGAGCUGCGGCGGGAGGAGGAAGAGGAGGAACAGAGGCUGAAGGAGGAGAGCGAGGAGAGGGUCAGGAGCCUGAGGGAGAGGCUCCAGUGUAAGGGGAGGGAAGAGGAGAGCAGGCUGAGUGUGGAGUCUGAAAGCAGGCUACUGGAGCUGAGGGAGCUGGCCCGGCGGGAGAGAGAGAACCAGCAACGCAACGUCAGGGAGGAGGGCGAGGCGAUGCUGAGGCAGCUGCGUGCCACCCUAGAGGCGGAGAGAGAGGCGGAGCGAGAGAGGAUAGAGGCCCAGAAGAGGCGGGACCUAGAACAACUGAGGGAGGAGUCAGAGGAGGAGCUACGUGCGGAGAAGCGGAGACUGCUUGGGGAGCGGGAGGAGCAACUCGACUCCCUCAAACAGGAGGGGAGAAGCAGUGCCAGUGAGAGGCGGAGGGAGUUGAAGAGCCCUCGUAGCCCAGAGCAGCAUCUAGCAGAGUACCAAAGAGAGUUGGGAGACGUGCUCCAGGAAGUGAGGGAGGAAGUGCAGCGUGACCACGGCAGGAAGCUGGAGCAGCUCAAAGACGACCACCGCAGAGAACUCAACUCAAUCAGAGACAAUCAUCUGGACCAGGAGGCUGUCCAAAGGGAGCAGUUGCUGUGUGCCCUGCAGGAGGAGAGAGAUGGCCUGCUGGCCACCCACAGCGCCCAGCUGGAGAGACUCCGUACACAGCUAGACUCCCAGCUCUCCAAGACCCGCCAGACACACACACGCAAGGAGGCAAAGAUUCAGGAGCUGGGGGACAAGCUGGAGCUGAGGGCCAGAGAACUGAAGACCCAGGAGGCAAUACUGAAGACCCAGGCAGCGAAUUUGAAGAAGAGGCGGCAGCAGCUUGGGGAUGAAGAGGAUGAGAUAGACAGAGGAAUAGAGGCUCUGCCUGGAGUCAUGCAGGAGAGAGAUGGACUGAGAGAGGAUCUGGAGAGGGUGGAAGGACAGAGGGACAGGGCGAGGCAGGAGGCGGAGAGAGCGAGGGAGGAGAGGACCAAAGUGAGAGACGAGUUGGAGAGAAUUAGGGAGGAGAGGGACAAAGCGAAGGAGGAGAGCAGGAGGAUGAAGGAGGAGCGGGACCGGCUGGAGAGCAAGGUGGAGCUGCUGCAGGAGCGCUGUGAUCAGCUGUGCCGCAGAGUCAGUGAUCUGGAGCAGAGUGAGAUCAAGAGGCCUACUACUAGACUGGACCGAACAGAAGAGGAGGAGGAGAGGAAGGAGGAGAAGGAUAGCGAGGCACUGCCCUCUACUUCUGGACGGGAGAAAGUGCUGCAUGUGGAAGAUCUGAAAGAACCUCCUGUCUUGGACGACUUGCGUCAGUAUAUCUCCUCUGAGGGGCUGUCCCUGCAGAAAGCCCGGCGCUUCCUGGAGAGGGAGAGUGGUCGUCUGAGUGAGAGACAGGCAGCGCUGCAGGCAGCUCAGGCCCAGUCCAGCUCCUCUCAGUACCCCAACACAACCAGCCACGCCCAGGCCACACAGGAGAUGUACAGGAACCUGCAGCAGGUACAUGAGGCCAGUGACGUGGAAGAGUUGAGGGUGACUGUGCAGAGGGGGAACUCGCUGCUACGCAGGAAGGAGGAGAGACUGCAACAGCUAGAGAGCUCCGUAGCUGAAGAGGUCUCCCCUCAUCACUACUAUGAUGACCAGGACAGACUGGCGGCUGACAGGAAGGUGGCCUUUGAUGUGACUGAAUCAGAUAUGAGCAGCGUCAGCAAUGGCCUUGAUGGCCCCGGUGGGGACCCCACAGUGCCAGCUAAGGUGCAGCACUUAGCCGAGUCGCUCCAGCACAUCUCUGGCCAGCUCAACACAGUCCUGGGGGCCCUGGGCUCCCUGACCCAACGCCAGACCCCUUACCAGCCUCUCCCCCUACCCCUGCCCCUCUCCCAGCCCCGAACCCCCACCUCAAUGCCUUUUUCACAGCUCUCCAUGCCUCUGUCUGGGCCCUCCUGGGCGUGGGCCCCUCACAGCACCUCCAUCCAGCCACGGGGUUCUGAGGACCUGCUUAACAGCCGCUGGGCCAAGCUCUUCCCUGGGGCUCCUAUUGAGUCCAUAACCACCAGUUCCUUGAGGACGCAUGCGCUUUAUUCAGGGUACAGUCCUGCAAGUGAGCAGGCUCGUAGUCUGUCCUCCAUGCAGCCUAAGGCAGUGGAGAUGGAUGGCCAGAGGCUACAGGGUCUGAUUGACGGCAACAAGAGAUGGCUGGAGACACGCAGGAAAGACCCCAGUGUACCUCUGUUCACGCGUUAUCGGACCCCCCCAACUAUGAGUGGACUGGUCCAGCUGAGCCUGGAUGACAACAACCAGAUUAAAGUGUACCAUUACUAAAGGGGGGUGGGUGAAGUUACAUACGGAGCAAGGAUCAACACAAGCAGAUAAAGAUGUACUGUUACUGAAAAAGGGCUAAGGAUAGGGGUGGGUUUUUAAAAUUAACUUUGAGUAAUGCAGGGAUCCCUCUAGCUCUGGUCCAGGGAGUUACUAUAGGAACCCCCUCGACUAUGUGUGGACCAAAGGAACGCCCUGGACCAGAGCUAGGAUUCCUCUACAACCAGAUUUACAUAUCAGAUUUCUGUAAGAAAUAUUUUUAAGACGUCUGUCCUCUGGUGAACUUCGGUUUAGCUGUGAUUGUGUUACAGAAGAGUGAGGGGACACGGGACCGUUUCAGUGGACUGUGAUUUUAUUCCAUUGGCAUACAAGGGUGAAUAGCUUGGGAGUAUGGAGACAAUAGUCCCGUUGUCAACAAAUCAGUUUAUUUCCCAAUUUUUUGGCCUCUAGCUAUUUAAAUGUUUCAAAAGCAGAUUGCAUCGCUGUUACAUAAACAAUAGGUGCUUCACUUUAUUAGGAGAGACAUCUUGAGGUUGGAGUGAGAUACUGUUGAUAAGUGACUAAAAAUCAUUGUCGUGGUAUCAGGUUGUAUAAGAGAUGUAUCACUCAUUCCACUGUAUGAGAUGUUCAAGCCAUACCAUAACCACAAGGGCAAGACAAUGACUUGUGAGGGAUUCACAGUCUUUAUGAAAUUCUGGUAAGAGGGACUCUCUUCCAGUGUGUUUUACUGUGCAGAUAGACAUGUGAGGAUUUUACCAUAUUUUUAUAAUAAAUGUAAAGUGGUGUAUAUUCAUAA